AUGAGUUUGCUCGAAAAGAUUCAGUCUAGUUCGGUGCUGAAAUCAAUUCCGGACUCUUUGGAACAUUCAGAAGUGCGACCUACAUUGCCAACCCGGGAGGCCUCAAAUCUCAAAAAGUCUGCACUAGCUGCACCGAGUUCUGCUGAUGCGCUCAGUCGAUUCCUGCUCCGCGGAGAUGCUCGAGAUCACGCCUGGCCCCAUCUGCUAACCACCAGACAAUACGCAAAAGCCGCUGAUAUACUUCUUGAAGAAGGCUGUAAAGAAACGCGAUUCUUGGGGCGCCGAAAACUGUUGCUAUCGUUGGCAAAGUUAGCCUAUUUGACUUCGGAUACGGUUGAAUCAAUCAUCACCAGUCCUUUGGAUCUGGAACUUCGAGAUUCCGCAUUGACAAUAAUCGAACUGCUCCUCGAAUGCGUGCAAAUACAAUUCUGGGCUCUCGGAAUUCCGUCACGCGAUCCGGCUGGCCGACCUGAUUCCCGACGUCGGCCGGUUUUAUCCAGCACUGGCCACGGUGGAUCCCGUUGA